CCGCCGCCUCCCCGGCCAUGGCGACCUGUCUGCGGCUGCGGAGCUGCCCGGUCCCACGCCUCCCGCCGGCGCCCGCCGCCCGCGGCCUGCGGCCCCGGGGCUCGGCGCAGCCCCGCCGCUCUGCCGGGGGCCUGGCGGGCCUGUCCGCGGCGCUGCUUCGCACCGACCGCUUCGUGGACGGUCGCUGGCUCCCGGCCGCCGCCGCCUUCCCCGUGCACGACCCGGCCAGCGGCGCCGAGCUGGGCUUGGUGGCCGACUGCGGGGUGCCCGAGACCCGCGCCGCGGUGCGCGCCGCCUACGAGGCCUUCUGCAGCUGGAGGGACGUCUCGGCCAAGGAGAGGAGUUCAUUACUUCGGAAAUGGUACGACUUAAUGAUACAAAAUAAGGAUGACCUUGCCAAGAUAAUUACAGCUGAAAGUGGGAAGCCACUGAAGGAGGCACAGGGGGAGGUGGUCUAUGCCGCCCUUUUCCUGGAGUGGUUCUCAGAGGAAGCCCGCCGCAUCUAUGGAGACGUCAUCCGCACCCCCGCAAGAGACAGGCGGGCCCUGGUCCUCAAGCAGCCCGUUGGGGUGGCGGCAGUCAUCACCCCGUGGAAUUUCCCCAGUGCCAUGAUCACCCGGAAGGUAGGGGCCGCCCUGGCAGCCGGCUGCACCGUGGUGGUGAAACCCGCCGAACACACACCCUUCUCUGCCCUGGCCCUGGCCGAGCUUGCAAACCAGGCUGGAAUUCCCCCAGGUGUGUACAAUGUUAUUCCCUGCUCUAGAAAGAAGGCGAAAGAAGUAGGGGAAGCACUUUGUACUGAUCCUCUUGUGUCCAAAAUUUCCUUUACUGGCUCGACAGCGACCGGAAAGAUACUGCUGCACCACGCGGCAGGCUCCGUGAAAAGGGUCUCCAUGGAGCUGGGCGGCCACGCCCCAUUCAUCGUAUUUGACAGUGCCAACGUGGACCAGGCUGUAGCAGGGGCCAUGGCGUCCAAAUUUAGGAACUCUGGACAGACUUGUGUUUGCUCAAACCGUUUCUUGGUGCAAAGAGGUAUCCAUGAUUCCUUUGUGAAGAAAUUUGCUGAGGCAAUUAAAACAAACCUGCAUGUGGGUAAUGGAUUUGAGGAGAGAACUACUCAAGGCCCAUUAAUUGAUGAAAAGGCAGUAGAAAAGGUAGAGAAACAGGUGAGUGACGCGGUUUCCAAAGGGGCCACCGUUGUGACCGGCGGGAAGCGACACCAACUUGGAAAAAAUUUCUUCGAGCCCACCCUGCUCAGCAAUGUCACCAGGGACAUGCUCUGCUCUCACGAAGAGACGUUUGGGCCUCUGGCGCCAGUGAUCAAGUUCGACACAGAGGAAGAGGCUGUGGCCAUCGCUAACGCGGCCGACGUGGGGCUGGCAGGUUAUUUCUACUCGCAAGACCCGGCCCAGAUCUGGAGAGUGGCAGAGCGGCUGGAAGUCGGUAUGGUUGGCGUCAACGAGGGACUGAUAUCCUCUGUGGAGUGCCCUUUCGGUGGCGUGAAGCAGUCUGGCCUCGGGCGAGAGGGGUCCAAGUAUGGCAUUGAUGAGUAUCUGGAACUCAAAUACGUGUGUUUCGGAGGCUUGUAGGAUUCGUUUAGUUCUUUAAAAAAAUAAAAAGGGAAGCUUACUUACAUAUAUGGGGACCUGCCAUCCAUUAUUUUAAGUGAACGAAUAGGUUAUUGGAAUUAGGAAUUGUUAAAAACUCACCGAGUGCUCAUCAUCUCAAGCAGAGGUUGGGAACCCCCCCUCCCCUUACCUGACCAGGGACCAGCAGAUGCCGCGUGCCUGUGGCAGCCACAGUCUCCCCAGGAACCCUCAC